UGCAGACAGCACACACUUUAGGAUCUCUUUUGUCUUCUCUUUUUCUGUUUCUUCUGCCAUGAGAACUGGUGGAUGGAUGAGCGGGAAGUUGCUGAUGAGCUGAGAACGUGGAAAUAAGGAGCAGCGAGUCCAGGGUGGAUCUUUCGGGGAGGUGGUUUUCUUUUUGAGAAAUGGUUGGAAAGUGUGGGAAGCUGGUGCUGUGGGUGCUUGGGGCCAUGCUGCUUUCAUGCUGCUUGUACAUGGAAACAGAUGCCACCUUUGAGCUGGAGGUUGGUUUGGAGGAGAGUGGAGAAUCUACAGGAGAGCCAAUGGCAGCCUCUGAUGAGUUGUUAUACAGACGACACGGCGCUCUAUCUCGAAGGAAGAGGGACGUCUUGUUUCCCAGCGGAGUCAAGCUUUGCUCUCAGGAGACGUUCGACCAAGCUAUUGCGAACCACCUCAGCUACUUCCAUCUCAGAGUGUGUCAGGAGACAGUUUGGGAGGCCUUUAAGAUCUUCUGGGAUCGGCUGCCCGAGCGGGAUGAGUACCAGGGCUGGGUGAGCCGCUGCAUGGAUGGCUCCAUCAGUGUCAUGGACAUAGGCAGAUUCUUCAGCCAAUCAGAGGAGCAUCGGAGUCUCAUCAGGAGUAGAGUUGCUCUGGUUGCUGCAAUGAACAUUGUGCCCAUCAGCCCUACUCCAUGCAGCUCGGAGACACCGACCACUCAGACUGGAGAUGCAGUGACCGAGAUCUCACCAGGAGAGAGUGACAUCAUCAUUGGAUCAGAGACAAUCACAAUCAAGCAAGACGAUCUUACUGUAGAUCUUGAGGUCACUUCUUGGGUUCCUCCGGUCUCUGUGACUAAAGGUCCACAUCAAGAGUCUACGGCACACAUUAACACUGAGGUUUUAAGUGUUGGGGGCCUGCUUGAGGAUUCUGUGGAGGUGGCAACAGAGGCUGAUUACGCUGUUACACAUAAGCCUUUAAAUUGGAUCGAUCAGGAAAUUGGGGAAGACAAAACUAUCCCUGAAAUAUCAGAUAAGGAGGAGGCUGUAGUUGAAGAUGACAAGAUCAUUGGGAUCAUCCCUGAAAAUGUGAUCAUAGUUGACUCUGAGGUCAUUCAGGAAGUUACCCCAAAAGGUGAGAAACCUCCAUUAGAGGUUGUGGCCCAUGAAGCACCCACAGAAGAAGCUGUUGUGGUUCUUCAGAAACCCACCACAGCAUCAGAAACUAUCACAUUGGAGGAAUUAGGGCAGAAGGUACAUCCGAAGGUGACCUCUGAGGCUCCUUCAGAAGUCAUGAUACAGCACAUCCCUAAGGCAACCACGGAAGAUGCUGUUGAGACAGAAAUUAAACGAAUUCCAGAAAAAUCUCUGGAUAUCCAUGACAAAACGUUCACUGAGGAUUUUGUAGAGAAACCCUCAGAGGAUUUACAAGAGCCAAUUGAUGAAGCAAUACCACUUCCAAUUCCUGAAGAAGCUGAAGGCAAAAUACAUGCACCUCCAGUAGAACAUCCUUCAAAGGCAGUUGUAGAGGUGAGCCAAGAAGUAACCAAAGUCAUCACAGAAGCAACAGAAACUGUAUUACUGAUAACAGAUGCAGAAGAAGAAGCUGAAAUAUUCAAUAAUGUGACUCCAAAACAAGGAUCUGCCUCAAAUGUAGAAACAGAAGUCCCCUCCCAGGCCUCAAUUCUGACGACAACACAUAAGAUGGAAGUAACAGUUGUUGAAUACACUCCAAAGGACAAACCAACACUAAUGGCUGAGGUUACUUCUAAGCCUGUUCUAAUAUUAGAACAUAACAAAGGUGAAAAAUAUAGUGUCACAGAGGAACCGCCAACAAUACAGAUAACUACAUCCAAGGAACACAGCAAAGAAGAAAUACCAGUGGUGUCAAAAGAGGAGGUAAAAGCAGAAGUCAAACAAGAAGAGGUUGUUCUGGUAGAUAGGACUAAACAAAUAACACAGACUGGUGUAGAAGGGCCAAAAGAUACAGUUGCUGAAGAAGUUGCAGUUCAAACAGUAACAGCACCAGAAGCAGCAGCAAAAGAACUACACAAAAAAGCUGAAGAGGCGACAGUUAUAAUGGAGACUACAUUAAUAACCUCAGACGAUGUCGCAACAGACACAACAGAAGAAGAAAGAGCUGAGGUAGUUGUAGAAAUACCUUUUGAAGAGGAAAAACAUGUAACACAGAUAGAAGGGAAAAUAUCGGAAGCUACAGGAGAACCAGUUAAAGAUGAAGAUGAUACAAGUGAUGACUUUAGAGAAACUGUACAGGAGGAAGGAAGAAAGGAAGAAACUACAGAACAACCAAAACUUUUAGUGGAAACUUUACAUGAACCUGAACCUCUCAAACCUGUGGAAGAAAUUGUAGAUAUAGUAGAACCUUCAGAAAUGACUACAAAGGAUGUCAAACCCAUAGAAGAAACAACAAAGGAGACUGAGCCCACAAUAGAACCAGCAGAAGAAGUAGAACUUGUAGAAGUCAUCAGAGAAGAGACUAAACCUCUGGAAGAAUUGGCACAAGAACUGGAACCUGUUAAAGAAACCACAGAAAAGACAGAACUAAUAGAAAAACCAGUGACAGAGGCCAAAUCCGUAGAAGAGAUUCAUGAGAAGUCACCACAACCCAAGAGAGAACCGACAAGAAAAACAGAACUAAGUGAAGAAAUGACAGUGAAACCUGAACUCAAAAAUGACCUAGUUCAAGAAGCAGAAGGACCAGAACUCAAAGCAGUACCCACAGAAGAACCAAGAGAAGGCGAACUCAUCAAAGAUACUACAGAAAAAACACAACCCACAACAGAACCAGCCCAAAUUGAAUCUAUAAAAGAAACUGGUGAAAAAAAUGAACCAACAAGACAAUCUAUAGAACAAUCAAAACCCAAAACAAUAACGGAGGAUGAUAAACCUGAUUUUGUUUUAACAUCUGUCAAUAAAACUCAAGAAGCAGCUGAAGGGGAAACAUUUGAGGACAGAGAAGAAGCUGCCUUUGAGAGCUUAGAUGAGGUAACGGAGAAAGAAGCUGGAUUUGAAGAUCCAGAAACAGAUGAAACUUCACCAGAAGUUACAGAGACCCCUUCAGAAUCUGAUGAAGAAAUCACUCCUGUGCUUGUUGUUGUUCCAGAAGACACAGAGACAUCUGCACCUGAGAUAACAGUGGAACCUCCAGGUGGAUCUGAAGUGGGAAGUGAGGAAGAAAUCUCAAAGGCUCCACUUGAAACAUCUCCAAAAGCUGUCACUGAUGCCCAACCAGGCACAAUUUCAGAGGUAGAAACCCCUAAGGGGGUCACCCCAGAGUCUCCUAAAGAGCUUCCCAGUAAGGAAGAUGGUGCCUCAGAUGAGGGCAGUAUCCCGGUAGCUUUAGAAGACCCUGAUCAAGAAUCAGCUGAGGGUGACUCCCCAACUGAAGAAGUGGAUGAAAUCUUAACAGAGACUCCACUAGAAGUGGCACCUGAGUCAGUUGAUUCCAUCACCCUAGAAACAGUUGUGGAUUUCACUGAAGAGAGAACACAAAGUACUACACUGGGUGCCACUGAGGAGUCUACCCCUACUUCCUAUUUGGAGGUUACGACCAAGUAUGUGGUCGAAUACAAUAAUGGUAACUUUCCCGAUUUUACAGAGAGGGUUUAUGACGUAAAUGGCAACUUUUUUGGAAACAAUGGCUUCAAGUUGGAGGAUGAGGAGGAGAACUUGAUUGGCAAUGAGAUAGACACGUUACUUCUGCCCCCGAGGCCCCUGAAGGAUGAGGUGGUAGAGUUGAGCAUGAAACUGAAAGAGGAAACCUACAACGAUGCGCUGAGAGACCCAAGCAGCUUUGAGUAUCAGCAGCUGGCCAGACACUUCAAACGCAGGAUUGAAGAUGCCUUUCAUAGAGUGCCGGGCUUCAAGACGGUUUACAUUGUGGAAUUCAGACCCCAGAAGGAUCUGGAGCGGGGUUUGGUGGUCCUUGUGCACUAUGCCAUCACUCUGGAGGUGGAUGGGAGUGGGAUUGCCAACGACACGUUGGAUUUCAUCUCUCUGCAGAACAACCUUGUGGAGAAGAACUACCCUGGUUCCGCUGAGCAGCCCACUGUUGUCUACACCAUCACUGACUUCCGCAACUACAUCACUGAGGCUCUGCACAAAGACAACUUCAUGACCAACAAUAGCCUGGAGACACAGGGUGACCCACUGCUGUUGGAGAAUGCAGAGAACUUGUUGCCUCCUGUGAAACCAACAAGUCAACCAUUUGACACCUUUGACAACAUGGACAAUGUCCUCGCUGCAGAGAAGCCUCCCGAUGCACCGACGCAUGAGGCGGAUGACAAUGAUGUUUUCUCAAAGAAGGAGGACUUCCUGUUCGAUCCUUUCAGCCAGUGGAAAGCUCCACAGCUUGACAGGACAAGCGAGAAUGAUGUCUUUUUGCUUGAUGAGAGUACAGCGUCUCCACUGAACCCUGAAUUUCCACAGAAGACCUUCGAUCUGGAGACUCGAAACAGUGAUGGAAAAAUUGAAGAUGAGGGAUUCCUCUUGAGUAAUUCUCCCCCUGCCAGUGACAAAACCAACCGAGAGAAUGAUGCUGUCAGUCCUGAAAUUUCCUCUGCAGCCAGACAACCCCCUCCUGUAAACCAGCAGACAAUACCAGGGCUCACUCAGAAUGAUGGUUCUGGCUCUGGGUCCUCUGGAGACGACCAGGAAACUGAUCUUUGGAUUUGGCAGACUUCAGUGACAUUCAGUGACAAUGAAGGUGGAAGCCUGGACAUGCUCCCACCGCCUGACCUGGAGGAGACUGAAGAGGAGGACAUUGAUUUAGGCGAGGUUGCUGUUGAACCAUUAACUACUAAGAAAUCUGUUUUGGUUGACAUGGGAGUAGAAUUUAUUUUAAAAGCAACAGCAGCUCCUGUUUUUGAAGAAGCAUCGUCAGAAGGACAUUUUGAAAAACCUUUUCUGGAUGAGGUCCUGGUGACUCCGCACAUAAGCACUGAUCCCCGAUACUCAACCACAACUCAUGCACCUGUUUUUUCUCCCAAAGAAACUCUGGCUGUCGAGUUUUCUGUACAAACAGUGGAAGCGUCUGGCAUGUAUGAUGACUACUCCUUGACUGAGCCUCAAACCCCUGUGGGAGUAGUUACAGAUUCUCCUGAACCUGGGGCUUGGACUCAGGAGGAAGCUGUUUUUACUGGACCAUCGGAUUUAGCUAUUGGGCUUCAUAAAACCACUGAAGAGGUGGAAGUGCCUAGUGAAACAACAAUAGAGCUUUCAAUGGUUACAACUGAAUCUAAAUAUGCAGAAAAUGGACCUGAGAAUGUAGAUGUUCAAGUUACAGUUAUAUCUGGACCACCUAAAGUACCUGAUAGGGACAGCCCUGCUACCCCACACACAAUCACGGGCAGUGAUUUCAGCUUUGAUGCCAUCACUGAUGCACCAUCAAUAGUUGAAGUUCUUACAGAAAAACCUGAACUGCUACUGGCAGGAAUAAAAGCCCAAGAUCAGGUUGAAAUUUUGGAAGAACAGCAUAUCGGGACAACAACAACAGCACCAGCAAAUAAAGUACAAGAUGAGGACCUGAUUGUGGAUGAGGUGAUGAUCGCCAUUACAACAACUACUACUCCAGUCCCAACUUCAUCAGUAAGGCCAGAUCACCACAGUAGCAUUGCACUCUCACCAGAGAAGGACUCGCCAUUCACUCGAGUGUCAGAUUCAGUGCCAGAUGAUGAUGAUCUGAUUCAUCAUGAGCAACUAAACCAUGAAGAGCUUACUGUAUCCUCAAUAAGCACACAGUCUCCAGAUGGGUUAGACCAUCUGGUUCACAAUGAACCAGCAGUGUUUCACCAUGAACACACAAGGUAUAAAGAUAUUACUAACACUUCAGUAAUCACACCACCUUCAGAUGCUCCUCAAUCAAAACCAGCAGUGAUUUAUCAUGAACACCAUGAAAAUCUUCCUGAAGCUCCAUCAAGCACUCCUCCUCCAUAUGGUCCUCAGUCAAAACCAGUAGUAGCUCACCAUGAGCACACAAAGCAUACAGUUCUUAAUGAAGCACCAGUAAGCACAGAACCUGUAGAUGGUCCUCAGUCAAAACCAACAGUUGUUUACCAUGAACACCAUGAAGAGCUUCCUGAAGCUCCAAGAAGCACUCCAUCUUCAAGUAGUCCUCAGUCAAAACCAGCAGUGGUUCACCUUGAUUAUCGAAACCAUGAAGAUCUUCCUGAACCUCCAGUAAGCACUCCUUCUCCAGAUGGUCCUCAGUCAAAACCGGCAGUGAUUCGUCAUCAGGACCAUGAAGAUGCUCCUGAAGCUCCAGUGAGGGCUCCGUCUUUAGAUGGUCGUCAGUCAAAACCAGCAGUGGUUCACCUUGAUUAUCGAAACCAUGAAGAUCUUCCUGAACCUCCAGUAAGCACCCCUUCUCCAGAUGGUCCUCAGUCAACACCAGCAGUGAUUCAUUAUGAGCACCAUGAAGAUGUUCCUGAAGCUCCAGUGAGGGCUCCGCCUUCAGAUGGUCCUAAGUCAAAACCGGCAGUGAUUCCUCAUCAGGACCAUGAAGAUGUUCCUGAAGCUCCAGUGAGGGCUCCGUCUUUAGAUGGUCGUCAGUCGAAACCAGCAGUGGUUCACCAUGAGCAUCGAACCCAUGAAGAUCUUAAUGAAGCUUCAAAAAACACACCACUUCCAAAGGUUCCUCAGUCAAAACCAGCUGUGGUUUUCAGUGAGGACACAAGACAUGAAGAUCUUAGUGAAACCCCAGUACACACUCUAUUUUCAGAUCCACAGUCAAAACCAGCAGUCGUUGUUCCUUCCUCUGUGCAGAAAGUUGAUGACCACGUUCCUGUGACUGAACUCCAACCUUUUGAACAUGGUGUCUCUGAUGUGCCCAGCAUCGCUGUCAGCUUUGAUGUCUUCCAGUAUGGCGGGGUGUCGAUUGAAGGGGAAAGCAGUGGCUUCUCCAGUGGAGCUCAGGCCUCUGAUUUAGAUGCCAUUGCAUUGCCAACCCGACCUGGCAGGGCGUUAACAAUUUUCUUCAGCUUGAGGGUGACCAAUAUGGUGUUCUCAAUGGACCUGUUCAACAAGAGCUCCCCGGAAUACAAGGCUCUGGAGCAGCGUUUCCUCCAGCUGCUGGUCCCAUACCUGGAGUCAAACCUGAACAACUUCCAGAACCUGGAGAUCCUUAACUUUAGAAAUGGCAGCAUUGUGGUAAACAGUAGGAUGAGGUUUGGUAAACCAGUACACAGAGGAGUCACCAAUGUUGUCUAUUUAAUCUUGGAAGACUUUGCCAACACUGCCUAUCAGACCAUGAACCUCGCAAUUGACAAGUACUCACUUGAUGUUGAGUCAGGUGACCGGGCUGAUCCCUGUAAGUUCCAGGCAUGUAACAAGUUUUCCAGGUGUAUAGUGAAUCAGUGGUCAAGUGAAGCAGAGUGUGUGUGCAACGCUGGAUAUCUGAGUGUGGAUGGCCUGCCAUGUCAGAGCAUCUGUGAGGUGCAACACGAUUUUUGCCUUAAUGAUGGAAAAUGUGACAUCAUCCCUGGCAAGGGUGCCAUCUGCAGGUGUCGUGUUGGAGAAAAUUGGUGGUAUCGUGGUGAACACUGUGAAGAGUAUGUUUCCGAGCCAUUGGUGGUGGGCAUCGCCAUUGCCUCAGUGGCUGGUUUCCUGAUGGUGGCGGCUGGGAUUAUCUUUUUCCUGGCUAGGUCGUUACAAGAGCAGUAUGAUGGGGAGGACACAGAGGACCCCUUACGGCGAGGUGACAGUUUGCCAACACUUGAACGUGCCACCAAGUUCAACCCGAUGUUUGAGAGUGACCCUGUUACUGCCCAGUACUACCGCCGCUACAAUGAUGACGUGCCCCAGUACUACCAUGAGUCUGAUCGCGGGCUCCCUCACUUCAGCAGCUCUGCCAGUGUAGGCGAUUCUAAAGACCUCAGCAGUGAAGAGAUAAAAAACAUCUAUCAAAACACCACACUCAGUAAAGAGGAGAUUCAAGAACGCCUGAGGAUAAUCGAGCUGUGCGCAAGGGAUCAACACUUUGCAGAAUUUGUGCGACAGACUCAAAUAUUCCUGGAGAGGAGAGGGAGCUCCAGCACAUAACCAUCCAGCAGCCUCUGACCAGAAACCUGCCUUCGUCUGUGUGUUGAGGAAGGGAGUAGAGAUGAAGGUGACCAAAUGUUCAACAAUCUUGGAGUUUAUUUUCUAAGAACAGUGUUUUACUUCUGAGGGACCUUGAAAUGAACUUGGGAUCCUUGAGGUUGCCUCUUCUCUUACCUUGAAACUUCAACUUUUCCUGUAUUCACUGUGUUGCUUAUUUAUUCUGUACAAAGACUUCAGUAACUGCUUUUUAACCUCUCAACAGUUUCACAGCUGCAUACCUCUGUCUUACGCUUUCACCUUAGCUUAAAUUCAAGGGUUUCUGAUAAUAUCCCAACUUGCCUGUCACUGCUGUCAUAUUAAAGAAGCGCGUCUGAAGUAUAGUUUUUAAUUUUUGCACCAGUAACAUUAUUUUAAUAUAUGUCUUUUGGUAUUAAUUUCUGUUUUUCUGACGUGGUUUUUCGGACAGCUGUGACUUGCAACGCUCAUCCCCAUCAGUGCCUUUGCUGCUCUGGUAGCUUUUUCUGGGAUAUGAUGUGUAGAAUCUCAGAGCCCUUGUUUUAAAUAUAUACAUCACUAUAAAACCAUGCUUGAAUCAGCAAAAUUCCUUUUUUUUUUCCUUCUGCUUCAUGUUCACCCAAUCAGUCACUUUGCAAAUGGGAAUGUUUACAUUUGUUAGUCAGUGCUUGCUGGAACAUUAACUGAUGUAUUGAACAUGCAUAGCCUGUCAUUGUGUUGUAUAUCUUUGUGAAGUUCAAGAAAGUUAUCAUUCUCCAAAAAGUUAUUCUCUUCUUCAGAGAAGGCACCGUCAUGUUCUGACAAGUCAUAAGUCACUGCAGGUACUGUCUUCUUCCAGACUAUCUAUUCUUGAGGGUAAGUAGCAGACAGGUGCUGCUAAUUAAAUGCAUUUUAGUCAGUGAUCCUUAGUGAGUGUGACCUCUUCAAAAGCAAAAGUUUGGGCAUUUUACUUGUCUUGGGCAUUCAGAUGUAUGUUAACACAAUGUUACAAUCUUUAGAGGAGUGGACAUCUCAGCAAAUCUUUUUAGAAAGAAGAAAGACUCUUUUCUCUAAAAAGAUUAUGGCAGCAUAGCUUAGGUUUGGAAAGUUGCAUCUGAUCAAACAACAAGACUCCUGGAACAAUGUCCUUUGGACAGACAAGACCAAAGUGGAGAUUUUUACCCAUUAUGCACUGCAUCAUGUUUGGAGAAAACCAAUCAUAGCACCUCAGCACAAACACCUCAUACCAGCCGUCAACACAGUGGUGGAAGGGUGUUGAUUUGGGCUUGUUUUGCAGACACUUGACAUGGGGGCCUUGCAGUCAUUGAGGUGACCAUGAACUUGUCUGCCUGCCAAAGUAUUCUAAAGUCAAAUCAUCUGUCCAGCACUUAAGUUGGAUCAUGCAGCAAGACAAUGAUCUCAAACACAGCAAAUCUCCAACAGAAUGGCUGAAAAAGAAAAUACUGAAGGUGUUGCAAUGAUCCAGGCAAAGUCCAUACCUCAACCUGUUUGAAAUCCUGUUGUGGGGCUUUAAGAGAGCUGUGCAAAACUCAAUGAGCUGAAGCACCAUCAAAGAAAAGGAGUGGGCCAAAAUUCUUACACAAUGAUGGGACAUGAUAAUGUCAAACAGUAACCGAUUACUUUAAGUUCCAUCCAUACAUCUUGUAGAAUCCCCCUCUAGAAGCCAGUAAAUCAUUGGGUUCACUUGGUUUUUCACAAAACUACACUUCUGUGAAAACUUUCUUCUUCUCAUGACUGUAAAUUCCUCUCCUUUUCUCAAGAAAUUAAUAUUCUUAUUAUUGUAUUUGCACAAGUUACUAUCUUAUUUCAACACAUUGUUUUCUACCAAGGUGUUAUGUUUCUGAUAAAUAUAGUACUUUUUGUUUUCUUAAGGCAGUAUCUUACUAUCUUGCUUGAACAAAUUCCUAUCGUGUUUCAAGUAACUAUUAUUGUUCUGCCAAAGUAAAACAUUAUUUUACAGGUUACAAGUUACUGUGUUAUUCAGACAGGUGACUGACUUGUUCUGAGAAGGUGUUGGUGGUCAAAUCAGGUAUUUUUUGUACUGACAAGUUACUAGCUUUCCCCAAGAAGUUAUGGUUUUGACGAGGUAUUAUAAUAUUAUGUAAAUUACACUGAGAAAGUUUUGAAAAUUUCAUUCAUUUGCUGUUAUGUUUGCACAAGAUGUUAACUUACAUGAAAGCAAUCAUUUAUAAAAAAUUCACGACUUCCCGUUUUAUGAACCAGGUGCUAACAGAGAGACAAAUUAUUAUGACUGAUGAAAUAAAGAGAAUAGAAGUUCUCAUCUGCAAAACAGCCUCUUAAAAUCUGUCUUUGUUUUCUCUUUUUAAGUACUUGAAUUUUCUGUUUGUUGCUAUGAACUAAAUGAUUUGUACUAACUGUAGUUGAUAGUACAACCACUGAUACUUGUUUUCAUAUAUGUUUAAGCUUGGUGUAUGUUUGUCACUUUAGAAUGCUUGAAUCCAAAACAACUGUUUCAAAAUGUCAGUCGUGACUCAAAUGGCUUCUCAACCCCAAAAUUCUUCUUUAAAGCAAAGUUGAUGGAUCAUGUUCUAUUGUUUUGCAUGCAGGUCUCGGGCUUUCUGUUUUCCUCCAUGUUUUGUUUUGUAUUGUGUUUUCUAUGUGGUAUGUACAGCCAGCACAGGAGGGCAAUAUUCUGACCAAACCUGAGUGUUCUAAAUGUAAAAUGUAAAUUUCUGAUAAAAAAAAAAAUCAUCCUACUCCGAGUUUGUUUUAGUGUUUUUCCAUAAAUUUCCCACUUUUAUAUAAACUUUUACUAUAAAUAAGGAUAUUAUAUACCUUAAUAUUUUCUUUCUUUCUAUCCAAUUAUUAAAUCUGUCUGGCCACUCUGAAAGUUUCUUUAUAUUAUUUAUUUUUUCCACUGAUUUAAAAUAACCCUAACAAGCCAUAAUUUUUCACCCAAUAAUAGCGUGAAGAGAAAAAACUAUUCAGACAUGAUGUGUAAUUGUGAGCUAGCACAGUCACAUUUUUCUAAAAUAAAAGGAUUUUUUUUACAAAAUCA